AACAAUCACCUCCAGGGAUUAUAGAAAGCUAAGAUCUGCUGAAGAUGUUUAAAUCGCAGUGUUUGCAGCCCUAUGCCGUAAUUACACUCAAAUGCGAGAUACAGCACAUCAAUCUGGAAUACCCAUCGCUUCCAUGCGCUAUAUGCCACUAAAUAUGCCAAAUUUAUUCAGCAUAUUAAAAAUUACGUAAUUGAUUUAAUCGAAAUCUCCUAAGGCUUAAUCAUGAUUUUUCAUUGUUUAAUGUUGGUUGUUACGCUGCUUUUUCCGAGUAUUUUGGUGGCCGACGAUAAUAUCAACUGGAAUGCGGUUCCUCCACCAGUACCGUUUCCGGUAUUCUCCGCUGAACCAAUGGCACACGAACAGUGCCGUCUGCAAUUUACGGCCAACUGUUGGUCGCGGGAGCUUCCGCUCAGCUGGUGCAUCCAAAGUCCGGUACUGAACAUUAACUGUAACAACAGCGCUACCUCCCACGAGAUUCAGCAAAUGGCAGCGGCCUUCGCACAGCCGCCCCUGCGACCGGUAUUGGUGGACCUAGAUGAUGGCGAGCAAGUGACUAGUGAGAACAUGGAUGCCGUUCGAGACCAAGUCAUCCUCUUAAGCCUGUCCAACUGUACUUCCACUCGUACUACCGGCAAACUUUCAUCAUUGCGCUUCUCGAAUCUCCUUGAAUUGUCGUUAAACAGCUGCUACAAUUUAAAAAUUGUGCGAUCGGAUUUUUGGCAGUCGAUGAAACUACGUGUUAUAGAAUUUAUUAACGGAACAAUUCUGUCCUUGGAGAAAGAAACUUUCACUGACCUUCCCGCUCUUCGUGUUCUGUCGCUGGAAGCUGGACUGGCUUCUGUUCCUUCCUUCAGUUUCGAGGUUCAAGUGUAUUUAAAGGAGCUGCAUUGUGGCAGGGCGUUCGAAUGGUUUCGUCGAUGGUGGGACAAUAAACACUUGUUGAAAAGCGCUAAGUAUAGCGAAGUCUACCAAAUGUAUCCGUCCGCUUGGGGAAAUCAUGCUAUCAAUAAAAGCGAGAUGUAUCUGCCUAUUGACUGCGCAGCUGACCCCUUCCCGACUGGAGCGGUUUCCAUUAAUUUCAACCAGGAGCGCUUCUCAGUUAACGAUGACCUUUAUAGAGAGAAAUGGCAAUCCGGCGACAAUGAAGACGUGGAAGACCGAUAUCCGGAAUUUUCCAUCCAACCGUUCACUGCAGAAGAGUGUGAGCUACAACAGCAAGCCUAUUGCUAUCCAUUGGAAUGUGGAGAUACUUCAUAUUUCGGGUUUCUUGCAUAUCGACUCUCGUAUACUUUUUCCCGCGGCUGUCAGGCAAAAUUCGUAGGCAUAAAUGUUCUUGACCACUCGGUUGACCGCAUCAUGCGGCUACCGAUUCGCCCAAUUAUCUUCGAAGCAUACCCUUAUUUCAUAUAUUUCAAAGAUUUGUCUCCAAUUCGCAAACGUAUUAUCAAGUUGCAGAUGUACGAGCACUCACAACGAGCCACCGCCAUCCAGCGCGAACAAGAAUUGACGAAUAUCAUAGAGUUCAUGUGCACCGACUGUUUCGAUCUCGUUAUCAGGAAGACUGAUUUUGAAAAGUCGAGAAAGCUGAGGCAGAUUGCGUUCUGGAACACGACGAUCCAGACACUGCAAAAAGGCACUUUCACCGACCUACCGUCUCUGAAUUUUCUCUCACUGGAAUUCGCUCUAAAAACUUUACGCACGUUUGAUGAGUUUCAUGCUGACAAGGAACGGCAAGGGCCGGUAAUGUUCUCACAACGAAUGCGAGAAUAUCUGUUCCACCUGCACUGCAGCUGCGAGUUUGCCUGGUUUCGGCAGUGGUGGAACAGCAACAAUACCGUGAGACUUUCCCCAGCGACGUCGAAGGAUGGAGCCUUUUUGACGGUCAUCCCUUACUCGGCGUAUAAGUGCUAUCCGACUGAUCAGAUCCCGAUCGACUGUGCACAACCAAUUCCACUGGGAUCGGAAUACGUAAAUGUUAAUCAAACAGAAUUUUCUGUUAAUGAGCCAAUGUGUAAUUAGCAUAUGUUCGCCAGCAUGCUGUUAGCUUGCUUACUGUAAUGCUAUUUAGCCGGUAAAAGCUAUCUUUUUCUGGAUGCGGGUAACGGCUGUAUUGAAUAAAUUUAUAAUUCAG